CCUAUUAUGCUUAAAGUAAAUAAUAUGCUUGAAUCCUUAGAAGCUUUUGAAUAUGUCGUUAAAUCAGCUACCAAAUCUAGUAGGUUUGCAUUUCACAACAAUUGGAAUAUUAUUGAAAAAUCUCAAAAGAGAAAAAAAAAUACUCAACAUGAUUAUUGUCUCAUAUAUAUUAGAACUACUGUAACAGAAUGUAACUCAACUACAAAUGUUCCAAAUAGUAAGAUAAUAUGGAUUAUUACAAAUAUUGUACUUAAUCAUAAUCAUAUUCUUUUUGGUUCAGAUGAAAUUGUAACUUUCCUUCAAUAUCAUGCUAUGAGCCUAAAUCAGAAAAGUCUUGUAUAUUAG